AUGUCCAAACUAUUACAGGAUUUCCAGGAUGUGUUUCCAGAUGAUUGCCCUAAGGGAUUGCCACCAGUCAGAGGCAUUGAGCAUCAAAUAGACUUUGUUCCUGGAUCCACACUUCCAAACCGGCCAGCAUACAGAACCAAUCCUGUUGAAACCAAAGAACUCCAGCGCCAAAUAAAUGAGCUUAUGGACAAGGGUCACAUCCGGGAAAGCAUGAGUCCUUGUGCUGUUCAUGGAUUGCAGAGCCAUCAACAAUAUCACUAUAAUGUGGUUUUUCUAGGCUUUGUUGUGAGUGCAGAUGGAGUCAAGGUGGAUGAAGAGAAAGUUGCUGCAAUCCGUGAAUGGCCAAGUCCUAAGACAGUGAGUGAAGUCAGAAGCUUCCAUGGCCUAGCUGGGUUCUAUAGGCGGUUUGUCCGUGAUUUUAGUACCUUGGCCGCACCUUUAACUGAAGUCAUCAAGAAAGAAGUUGGAUUCAAGUGGGAGAAAGCACAGGAGGAUGCUUUCCAAGCUCUCAAGGAUCGCUUGAACUAA